CUUAGUGUAGACAACAUCACUGACCACUGCAAAGGUAGAUUUAUAAAUUUUAAUGGGUUUCACAAACCCUUUUUGCGCUGUUUCCCAUUCGAUGACUCAGCCAAUGCAGAGCGCCGAAAGGCAACCACGCCCCAACGAAACUUGAAGACCGUUCGUUGAUAACUCCGAGGCGCAAAAAGACCCCGUAUUCGGAUCCGAAACGCAACGCACCAGAAGAAGGCCACAAACGCCUUUGUCAGUCCACGGCAAUUUAACCGAGUGGAGUCGUAGGUGGGGCAGAAAUCAUGGAAUUGGACGCCGCUUUCAGGGUCAAAAUCAUAAAAAUCGCGAUCAGAAACUCUUUCCUUCGCAACUCGUCGACGCACUUGCAACGGACGCGGCGCCGCGCAUUGAGGCCCUUGAAUCGCAAACACCAUGGAUGUCGCCCUCGAGAUCCUCGACCCGCUCGUGUUUGACAAGGUCUACGCCCACCUUGUUCCAGCAAGGACGUCGCUCAAUGCCACGGCGCACGCGGGCCUGGGUCAGUCACUAGCAGCAGCAUCACACGCCGAUUACGAUUAUUCGGUUUCGGCAUGGCCCCGCGACAACAUCCUGCGCCAAUGCAUCUCGAUCCUGAUCAUCACGCAGAUUGGCGCCACGUCGCUGUACUGGAUCUUCAGCGCCCUGUCGUACUAUUUCAUCUUUGACCGCCGCCUCGAGUACCAUCCGCGCUUUCUCAAGAACCAGAUUCGUCAGGAGAUUGUGUCGUCCAUGAACGCCGUGCCAUUCAUCAACAUUCUGACGCUGCCCUUCUUCCUGGCCGAGGUGCGCGGCAAGAGCCUGCUGUAUACGAGGAUAGACGAGUACGGCUGGGCCUGGCUGGGCAUAUCGACGGUGCUCUUCAUGAUAUGGAACGACUUCAUGAUCUACUGGAUCCACCGCCUCGAGCACCACCCGAGCGUCUACAAGUACAUCCACAAGCCGCACCACAAAUGGAUCGUCCCAACGCCGUGGGCAGCCCUCGCCUUCCACCCUCUUGACGGCUACGUGCAAUCCCUCCCAUACCACGUCUUCGUCUUCAUCUGCCCUGUACAAAAGUACCUGUACUUUGUGCUCUUCGGCCUGGUGCAGAUCUGGACCAUCUUCAUCCACGACGGCGACAUGAUCUCGGGCCACUGGCUCGAGAAGUACAUCAACAGCCCCGCCCACCACACGCUGCACCACAUGUACUUCACCGUCAACUACGGCCAGUACUUCACCUGGGCCGACAGCUACUUCGGCUCUCACCGCGCGCCCAAGCCCGAGUUGGACCCCCUGAUCGAAGCCCUACGCGUCAUGCGCGAGAAGGGCCUCGUCGACGAGCAGGGCAACCCCAUACCGCAGAAGGGCAAGGCGAAGGGAAAGAAGGAGGAAUAGGAGGAUGGAGAAGGGGAACGGGGUGGGGGAGAAGAAGUGAUGUUUAAAGAAAUGACGGAGGCGGAAGUGGUAAUGCGACCUUAAUGGCAAGUGCGACAUGUUGGAGCGAGCGUUGGCGUCUGGCUAGCUACGACUCUAAUGCUCUUGGGAAUACUCUCUGAUAGCGCGGCGCGCCGGAGCCCGAGGCGUCCAUUGUAUAACGAUGUAAUACCAUAGCUUAAUCACGGCGGCAGAUGUUGGUGGAGGCGCUUUGGGUGGCAGAUAAAGCAUAACUCCGAUAUUGCAGCGCGGGAGAAAGACUGCAACUUAUGAAUAUAAGAAUUGUUUGGAUAGUUAAACCUACUAGCGUAUAUACAUAGACUGUUAGUAUGAGUAGCUGCGUGUAGCACACUGGGAAUUCGACGAGCUCGU